UUUGUCGAUGGAUCAUGAAUGAUUUUUCAAAAUAAAAAUAAAUAAAAACGAAUUUUGCGAAAAUUGGUGCUUGAUGUUGUGUAAUUUAUUAAAUCAAUAAAUACUUAUUCUUGUGCUAAUUCAAUACCAUGUUUAUACGUUAUGAAAGUCACUGUUAAAAGUUGGACAGGCGUAGCGACUUGGAGGUGGAUAGCGAACGACGACAACUGCGGAAUCUGUCGCAUGCCGUUUGACAGCUGCUGUCCGGACUGCAAGCUGCCUGGUGACGACUGUCCGCUGGUGUGGGGCGCCUGCUCGCACUGCUUCCACAUCCACUGCAUCGUGAAGUGGCUGCACUCACAGCCUCAGCAGCAGUGUCCUAUGUGCAGACAAGACUGGAAGUUCAACAACAAGUAAUCAGCUACGCAAGCAAUUCCGAGCGAUCAGCACCAUGUCGCUGCAAGGGAUGCCUCCAUUGCCAAAGAGCCUCAGCGGCUUCGCUGACGGCGAGCCUGACCUCCAACCACCGACACCGGCCGAAGAGCACCCACCCACGGACCUU